CUCUCACAACAUCAAGUGUCUCUUGAUCUCUGCCUCCAACAGUAAUUAUGGCUUCUGCUAACAAAUAUGUCAUCUUUCUUCUUAUUUCAAUGGCCACACUUUGCUGCAAUAAAGGGUACGCACAGAAUCAACCAGGGGAGUUCAUCUCUAAAGCAUCCUCCUGUUUCAAUGAUGAGAUAUACGGCCGAUGCAAUCGUGCUUACAGGCUCACCUUGAGCGGGAACAUCAACGUUCCUACAGAAGCCACAGACGCUUUCUGUGACGGGCCUUGCUUCGAUGAAACCCACCACGUUCUGGACUGUAUCAACGACCUAUUGUCUGACUUCGUGUUCUUCAAUCGAGCCACGGUUAGGGAUGUUCGAGCCGUACUCAACUCGGGCUGCAGCUUCACCAGCAACAGAAGAGGUGACUUCAAUGUGCCAAGCUACCUAAGAGAUGAAACGAGCGGAGUAGGAAGAGUACAACGCUUAAUUGGUUGGAAUCUGCUAUGGGAGUCUUCUGUUUAUAUUAUUUCACUUGGUGUUCUCUGGGUAAUCACUGAGCUUCAAAACAACCCAUCUUACCUCAUCAUCUCAGCUCUGCAUAGGAGGAAUGUAGAGCACCCUGCUUAAAAGGGAAACAUGAAUCUAUCUAGAAACAGGGCAAUGCACAAAGAGAUGGUCCAUGUCUUCAACUCCUGCAUCACACAAACUACACUUCAAGUCUCCUGUGACACCCCAUUUUUGCAUUUUCACCUUAGUGUUUAUACUAUCUCUCACUACCAUCCAGCCAUGUUAGGAUCUUAUUUCUUGGUAUGCCCCUGCCUUUCCAAAGAAUUUUCCACCAACUUGCAGUGCUCCUGACAGGUCGAAGGAGAUUACAGACCCUCUUGAUAGAUAAAAGAGGCAUAUGAGA